AUGCCUAUCUCCUAUGGGUUUAAGACGGAGAUGGACGCACUUCCGGACUUUACAGGAUCCAACGUGAAACGCGAGCUAUCGGUUGACGUCCUCUUGAUCCUCCUGUGUCUCCUCAUCCGAUUUUCAUUCAUGCCUGGACAUCUGGGUCAAAAAGUUCUCAAUGCGCUAACUGGAGGCCACUCCAGCCAUCCUCCCGGUCAGAACCUCCCCGGUCGCGCUCAGAUCAACGAGGAUGAGCGCCCGUUAUCGUCGCCCCCCAAUGGAGGCACCUAUCCCCGCCUGGCCCGCCUCUCAGAUGGCUCCAUCCUAGCCUCCUUCACUCGGUUCCCAGAGGAUCAGCGAGCACUCUGUGUCGCGCGGAGCACGGAUAAUGGACGAACUUUUGAAAUGUUGUCCGAGGUCACCCGGGCGGCAGGAGAUGUGGAUAACAUGUUCCUGUUGGAAGUGGCUCCGGGCGUAGUCCUCGCAGCGUUCCGAAACCAUGAUAUCGGUCCCGAUGGCCCAUCCCAUUUCCGUAUCACCGUCUGGCGCCGGGGAGAGGUUCAACUCACCUACUCUCAAGAGUUUGCGCACAACAACCAGUGCACUAUGCUUGUUGUCUCGCAAGAUCAGGGAAGUACGUGGACCCAACCGGCCUGUCUCCACGGCAAUAACGAUCCCCUUCGGGACGGCAUGAACGGUAUUGCGAAAACCAUCGACAAUGGCCGCGAGGCGCUGGUCAUGGUCUUUGAAACUACUCGGUACGGUCCUUUCAAUAUUGAAGCCCUCAUUUCCUACGACGAUGGUGCGACUUGGCACAAUCGCCAGGAAGUCUUCCGCCCGAAACAUGGACACAACGCGGGGUCUCCGCAGAUUGCCUCCUUCGCAGAUGGCUCCCUCGUAGUCGCCUUCAUGACAGAUGAGGACUCUUCUCAAGUGGAAUGGGUCAAGCACGCUGCAAUCAAGGUCGUAUUUGCCGGCCCACCUCACAAUGGGCAAAUCCAGUGGAGUGCUCCUUCGGUGGUUUCACCAGCUUCGAGUUUUUGGCCUGGCGUUAUGGCUCUAGAUCAUCAUACCGCACUGGUCACCUAUGACCGCGGAGGACCUCUAGCUAAAACGAUCACUUGGCAGCCCCAAUAG